UUCAAUUUCUUUUUGCCGUCCCUGGUUUGUAGCAGCCCUGUUCGCUUGCGCAGUGUAGUGUUGAAUUGCGCCCCAAUUCAAUUUCAAUAAUCAAUUAAAAAAUGUUUUUGCCCGAAACGGAGGAUAUGCUGCCACGAGCGGCGCCCCGGCCAUGUACGGCCGUACCGCUGGGUCACGUUGAUGAGAUUGUUAAGCCAACUGUGCCAGAAGUCUCCAUACUAUUCGGUGAACCGCUACAGCAGCAACAAGCUCAAAUACAACAACCACAGCAGCAACAAUCAGCGUCUGCGCAACGCCCCCUGAGCAAUUUUGCCACCUGGAAGAAGCAAAUCCUGCCCCGGGUCAACUUUUCGCCGGUACUAGUUACCGAAUUGGGGCCUGGCUCGCCGCCGGCUACUUCAUCUGCUGGCAAUGACUAUAAUUAUCUGCCCAGGGCUCGCUUUAAUGAAGAGCGCACCACGCCGCCCAGAAACAUGAAUGUUGGUUAUGCUGCUCCUGGGCCGUAUGCCACAGAUCAUCUGGGGUCGGCACAGCGCUUGCCAAAUCAAAGCGAUGUGCUCACAAUAUGCGCAAGCACCCAAACCGAAACUGACAGCAUCCGAUUAGAUGCUAAACUCGAUCUCAGCAAUUUGGCUGAGAAAAAAGACAUUAGAGAAGUGUUGGCCCUGCUGGAAAUGAUGCGCCAGGACCAGCAGCAAUUGCGACGCCUAUGCGAAUCGCUAGCUCAGCAGCAGGAGAAGCAGCAGCAACUUCCCACUCAAAGUCCCAAGACAUACAAGGAGACGGCUUCUCAAUGUGAUUUAAUGGUGUCCAGUAAAAGCAAUUCAACAGUGAAGCGAAUAACACCCACUGUGCAGGAUUACAUAGUUGAGGAGGAGGAUGAGGAGCUGCCUGCAGUGAUCUAUGAGCUGCCCGCGAGAAUGAAUCCCAAAUUUCAAUCGCCACGCGCUGCACCACCAAUAGCUCAAUCCACUGGCUAUCGAGUGAAUACACCAAAGGCUAAACUUGCUCCCGGUGUGCUGCCCAAGCCCAGCACCGAGCAGAGCAUGGUCAUGAAUGAGCUAGCCCUCAAAUAUUUGCCACAGCGUCAAAUCCAUGAGCUAAUGGAUGAGUUGCAUGUGUCGCCAAAGGCGACUGCCACAACGCCACUGCGUCCCAUUGAUAACUUUGUCUCGAGUCCGAGCAACAUGUCCAAUGCCUCCUACAAAUAUCUCAAGAAAUAUCGCCUGUUGCCCGAGGAACAGUUGGGCUACGAACAACAUCAUCAGUCGCCGCAAGGAAUCCCGAAGAUGCCACAGCAGAAAGUGUGCCAGGAGCAGAUGCUGGAUCUGGAUAAUAUACGCAAUCAGCCAAAGUUAAUAUAGAAAAUAAUUGUUU